ACUGUCACUUCUGUCAACCGAUAACGAAAUCAAACCAGCUGAAGGAAAAAAAAUCCAAAUUUCGUUCGGUUUCUUCCUCAAAAAUAUUAAAUAACAUUAAAAAAAUUAAAUUAAUUUUGCACAAAUUCCAUUAAAUAUGACUCUCGCCACAAAACUCUUCAGCCGACAAUGGAAAUCAGUGCAAGUCCUUUCAAAAUUCACAUCAUUUCGAUCUAUGUCGACGACAGACUCGAUAACAAAACGUAAUCAAUUAUUCGAUGAGGAAACAAAACGCCAACAAGAGUCAAUUGGACGAAUUGAAAAAAUCGAAGUACGUUAUUUGGGACUGCCAGAAGAUGUGACCCUCGUAAUGAAUCGAGGAAUCUCAACGCCAUUCAAUUGUGCCCAACAUCUAACUGAGGGUCAUUGCAAGCGAUCUGUUUUGGCUUUGGUUGAUGGCAAUAUUCCAUGGGACAUGUAUAGACCAUUGCAGGAGAGUUGUACUUUGCAAUUGUUGAAUUUCACAGUCGCUGAUCCACAUUUGGUUAACAAGGCAUUCUGGAGAAGUUGUUCGUUUAUGCUAGGUGCAGCCCUUCAAGAGAGCUUCAAAGACGAAGCUGGUCUUCAAUUACACAGCUUCCCAGGACCAAAUAUCAAAUCUGGUAGCUUUGUCCAUGAUAUCUACCUCUCCGCCCAAGGAUGGUCACCCUCGAACCGUGAACUGAGGGCAAUCUCCGCGGAAAUGGUCAAACUCGCUGCCAAAGACCUCAAAAUCGAACGACUCGAAGUAAACAGCGAAGUGGCAAUCGAAAUGUUCAAUGACAAUCGCUACAAAAAAGAACAACUUCCAAGUAUUCUAUCCCAGAAUCAAGGAAGAGUAACUUUAUACCGAGUGGGCUCACAUAUUGACAUCUCCCGUGGUCCAAUGAUUGCUUCGACAAGGUUCUUAGGCAAAUGCACAGUCGCUGCUGUUCAUGAAGUAGCAAAAGAAGGCAAAGAUGGUAGCAUUUAUCGAGUUCAAGGUGUUGCACUUCCAGCUGGAAUUGUAAUUAAUCAUUUUGCUUAUGGAGUAUUGGAAAAGAGGGCGAAGAAGAAUAAUCCUGCUCGAUUGCCAAAUGAACCUUUUGAAGAGCAAGCAGCUGAACAAUUAAUUGCUUAAGAUAAGAUUUUGAGGUUAUGUUUUUGUUAAAUUUUAAGAAAAAUAAAAGAAAAAAAAAAUAAUUCAAGAAAAUUCAAGAAAUUUUAGUUUUUGGCAACGUAACGGGGUUCUUCAUGAAAAACCCGAAACAAAUCUGUGGAAAUCUCGCUUAAACUUUUCAAA